UUCACUACAGGCAUAGCGCUGAAAAAGUCUCAGAGAGAGAAAGCGAGUGAGUGAGAGAGAAGGAGAAAGAGGAGGGAAGAGCUUGUUAGGUGUUCUUCAUUUCGGGUUCAUCAGCAUCCGGGGCAAGGCGAGUGGGGUGUGGAUAUCUUCUCAAACUCAAGUUUUUUGAUUAACUGAACAAUGGAGGUACUUGGAAAAUCUAUGGUAGCAGUGCCUACAAAUGUUAUAUAUCUGUCAACUAUUCUUGGCCAAGAUGGCCCAAACCCUGUUCACAAGUGUGAUUGGAAAUGUGAAAAUGAACAUGUGUGUGGGAACAUGUUCCGCUGCCGUCUAACUGGGCUGACACACAUUUGUGACAAAAACUGUAACCAGCGAAUUUUGUAUGAUAACCAUAACUCUCUUUGCAGAGUUAGCAGACAGAUUUUCCCUUUAACACAAGUUGAAGUGCAGGCUGUGAAAGGUGUACGGAGGAAGUUUGAUGCUGAUAGUUCCCCUUCUGAUAGCUGCGCCUUUAAGCGCAGAAGGGAUGCACAUUUCCACCCAUCACCAUUUGAGAGAUCUUUCACUGCUGUUAGUCCCAUUUGCAGUCAAGUUGGAGAGGGCAUGGACUUGAACUAGAUAUAAUAAAUUUCCAUGCUUUCGUCUGUUUAAUUUUACUUUCUUUUUGGACUGGAUUAGGAACAAUUUCAUAAUUUCCAUGGCAGACUAGAUUGUCUUGCCAUUUUGUAGGAGGACUUAUAUUCUACAAUCCUAUGGACUGUAGCUCUUUAUAACUGUUUAGGAGUAACAAUAUUAUGUCUGCAAACGCUGAUAUGCGCCUGAGUUGAUGUCACAUGAAGGCUUUAACUAUAUAUAGUGCAGCAUUUUGUAUAACCUCUAUUUGGUUUCUGUCUAGUCACUUUAUACUU